GCAAGUAAGAAGCGAGUUCCUGGCCGCCGUGAGGCUGAGGGAGCGCAGUCAGUUCGCAGUGGGUUCGGGAGACGAGCGGAUCUUCCCGGGAACAGCGCGAGGCCCGACCCGGAACUCUCAGCGGCGGAAACUGGAAUGAGAGUGAGAAUCCCGGGCUCAGCCGCUCACCUGUCCGGAUAGAGAGUUGGGAUGUGAGAGGGACAGAAGGGCGGGGCUAGUGCAGGUGUAUCGGCCGCUCGAGGAGCUGCUCAGUGAAAGAGAGAAGUGGCGAACGCUGGGACCAAGGUUUCUGUGACAAAACGAUGUGGAAAGUGCAGGAGACUUUGGUACUGGAGGAAGAAGAGGAGGAAGAAGACGCCUCUAACAGUUGUGGGACGGGGGAAGACGAGGACGAUGGGGACCCCAAGAUCUGCCGUGCGUGUGGGGACCGGGCCACUGGGUAUCACUUCAAUGCUAUGACCUGCGAGGGCUGCAAGGGAUUCUUCAGGCGGGCCGUGAAGAGGAACUUGCGGCUCAGCUGCCCCUUCCAGAAUUCCUGCGUCAUCAACAAGAGCAAUCGGCGCCACUGCCAGGCCUGUCGGCUCAAGAAAUGUCUGGACAUCGGCAUGAGGAAAGAGUUGAUCAUGUCCGAUGCAGCGGUGGAACAGAGACGAGCGCUAAUUAAGAGAAAACACAAAUUAACGAAAUUGCCCCCCACACCCCCAGGGGCCAGUCUGACUCCAGAGCAGCAGCACUUUCUCACUCAACUGGUUGGGGCCCACACCAAAACCUUUGACUUCAACUUCACCUUCUCCAAGAACUUUCGGCCAAUAAGAAGAUCUUCAGACCCAACUCAGGAGCCCCAAGCCACCUCUUCUGAAGCCUUUUUGAUGCUACCUCAUAUAUCCGACCUCGUUACCUACAUGAUCAAGGGCAUCAUCAGCUUUGCCAAAAUGCUCCCCUACUUCAAGAGUCUGGACAUUGAAGACCAAAUUGCUCUCCUGAAAGGUUCUGUAGCGGAGGUUUCUGUGAUCCGAUUCAACACUGUGUUUAACUCUGACACCAAUACGUGGGAGUGUGGCCCCUUCACCUAUGACACUGAGGAUAUGUUCCUGGCCGGCUUCCGUCAGCUGUUCCUGGAGCCCCUGGUGAGGAUUCAUCGCAUGAUGAGGAAACUGAAUCUACAGAGUGAGGAAUACGCCAUGAUGGCCGCUCUGUCCAUUUUCGCUUCUGACCGACCGGGGGUCUGCGACUGGGAGAAGAUCCAGAAGCUGCAGGAACACAUUGCCCUGACACUAAAAGAUUUCAUCGACAGCCAACGGCCCCCCUCCCCGCAGAACAGGCUCCUGUACCCCAAGAUCAUGGAGUGUCUGACAGAGCUUCGGACAGUCAAUGACAUACACAGCAAGCAGCUCCUGGAGAUCUGGGACAUUCAGCCUGAUGCCACCCCACUAAUGCGAGAAGUCUUUGGAUCCCCUGAAUGAGUGAUGAGCACAUUCCUACUGUGAGAGUCGCUGACCCCACCGGGAAGCUUGGGCUCCUUCUACUGGCGUCUGUCCUGGUAGGGCAAUGUGGCCUUCAAAGCAUCAGCAGCCGGUGGAUUGUCUUCUACUGACACCAUCUUGUUCAUUGCUCAGACGUUGCUUCAGUCCCAUUGGGUCGAGGAGUUUAUGGAAAACUCUACCUUGUGGGAUAUCGGGGGGGGGAACAUGGAAUUCCCAUCUGGGUCACCAACAUGUGAAAGAAACUGGUUCUGAGGAGCCAAAAUGUUCUGCUGGACAAAAAGGAAUGAAGUCACAUAGAGACGAGUGUGGUCCAAUAAAGAGACAGUCUGGCCAGAGACAAUGGUCCAAUAAAGAGACAGUCUGGCCAGAGACAAUGGUCCAAUAAAGAGACAGUCUGGCCAGAGACAAUGUGACUGGUCCAAUAUGAGUGGACAAUAAAGCAACUCCCUGAUCCUACAACUGGUUCUGCAGGUUCUGUGCUGGGUUUGAAGCUGAUUUGGAUCAAGGAGUUUGGUACCUGCACUAAUUCUGUUCUUUUACGACUGACUCGGCUGAAUGAAAGGGGCUGUGACUUGUAGCCGGCGACGUGGGACAUUAGCCACAAGCCAAAUCUUCUCAGGGAAGCCAAAUGGGCUGGGGGUGUAACACUGGGGGCACCAGACAAACUGUAACUAAAUGAGGUUUAAUCUCAGGGCUCCUGUAAUUAUACUGACCCCCCACUUGGGGAUAGGGCUAAAUAUUGGGGGUCUGGGAGUUCUGUUCCAGAAGGUAUUGGGGUGGGGGUCUAUGGGUUGGGCCUGUGUUAGACGAGUGUUUGUAGCCGUUCCCUGUGUCUAUUUAGUUCUGGUGUUUCUGGUACCGUAUUGGGCUCCAAAUUGUUUUAUUCAUAAAAAAAAGAGGAAAACCCCAAA